GUGUCGUAAAAAGGUCGCAAAUUAAUCCAUACGACAGAGGAUCUAGCUUAGCAUCUCACAGUCGCACGUUUGUUUAGAGAAAAACGUGCGAGGUUCAUUUUUAUUUUUUCCUCAGUAAUCUAUGAACUAUCUACAAGUUUAAAAUGUUGAAAGAGUUGGUAAGGGAACGCCUUGUUGCGGCUGCUGAGGAAAUUUUCGGGCUGUUUGAAAGAACGAUGGCAUCGUACGAGGAGCAACUUUGUCGAGCCAGAGAGGAGAGUGAGCGACAUCGACGACAGCUCCAAGCUGUUUGCAAGUGUCAAGUUGUCUUACAACUUCAAGAUAUCCAGGAGCUGAUCGGUGGUCAGGAAGAGGUUCCCCCUCAACUGCAGUUGGGGGGCUUCAGUUCAGAGCAUUCACAUCCCCCAAGUGUUCUAAAUAAAGUGGUGGCUCCAGAGCUCCCCAACGUCAAAGUGGAAAAUAUUAAAAGCGAAGAGGACGGGGCUUAUGUCAGCAAGUUGUCUCUGCGCUGUGACUCUGUGGAAGGGUACGACAAUAAGGAUGAACGCCCAAGUGGAACCCAACCUGGAGAACCACCGCAAGAAAAACUCUCGGCUCCACCGUCAGACAGCAAUGACUCUGAAGAACCUGCGGAGAGCGGCGCAGAUGGCGAAGUCGCAAAAAUGGAGCCAGGAAAUUCUGUGUGGAGCGACGAUGAGGUAAAAGCCCUCCUUGCUAUUUAUUCAACCGAGAGCGCCCAAAGAGGACUUGACGGGUCACAACGGAACAUAAAAAUAUUUGCCAAGAUAAGCUCACAUCUCGAAAAGGCUGGGAUUUAUCACAGUGGAAAGCAAUGUAGGGAGAAGAUAAAGAAACUGAAACAGGACUAUAAGAGAAUCAAAAACCACAACAACCAGAGCGGGGCGAAAAGGAAAACGGGCAAAUGGUAUGAGACGCUCGACGUCAUAUUGGGCCACAGACCAGCAUACUCUGGCAACGCCACAACAAAGGACCCAUCUGCUGAGCUUUUGCGGUCGUUGAUACAGAAGGAAAACAACCCACCAUCCCUGCUGCUUGAAGAGCAAAACAGAUCUCUGCUAGCAAACCCGAUUCCUGUUGCCUGUAGUACCCAAUGUCGCCUACCAGAAACACCAAUGGCUUUAUCAAGCAAUUCCAUGCCCCCUCUGAGUGACAAUCGCCAACCUGCAUCAGAAAACCCCGUUGCGAUAUCCUACAAUUCCCUGCCCCCACAAAGUGCCAGUACCAGUCGACUUACAUCCGAAAACCCCGUUGUGAUGUCCUGCCAUUCCCUGCCCCCACAAAGUGCGAGUACCAGUCAGCUUACAUCAGCAACUACACACCAGCUUCCUGUCCGUCCGGAUAUACAAAUUAUCAGCCAACACCGCCCAGCUGCCAGCACCCUCUGCCAUCCCAGACCUGCAAAGAGGAGAAAGACGGACACACUGCUUGCAUGUGUGCAGGAAUUGUCGGCUUCAGACACAGACCACCAAUGGCAUAAAGAUGCGCAAUUUGAUAGGAUGAUGCAGCUGUUUGAAGACCAAACUCAACAGGUUGGAAAGGACUUUGCAGAGUCCACCCGGCAGCAGACGAUUUUAAUGGAGGGUCUUCUGGACAUCAUGAACAGAAUAGCAAAUCGGCAUGAAAAACCCUAAUGAAAAAUAGGGGACUUAGCCAAAUUUUGCACAUGUAAAUUUUUCUUUUGUUCUACAGUGUGAAUUUUUGACGGACAUUUGAUUAAAAGAUAUUACUUUGAAUAACACAAGAUUUUUAAUGUCUGAUUACUAGUACACUGAAGUAUUCCUGAACAUUUGGCUUGCAAUACAGUGUGUGAGUAGUUAACAUAUGACACCACAUUCUAAAAUUGGCCUUUGUAGCCAGCUAUAGAUGGAAAACGGUUUUAUAAUAAUGCAGACAAAACAAAAGCAAUAAUAAGGCUUUUAUUUUGGUUAAAAACAAAAAAAAAAAGUCACGGUGGAUGUACAAUUACAAUUCAGUUGGAUAACACAAAGUGACGCAUCAAGGCUGAAAGCACAGCUACACCUUCAGCAUCUGCAGCAGGAGGUAGAACAGGAGUCUGGCUGCAGUAGCAUUGGCUCGCUCCACUCCUCUCUCCACAUCUCAUUGUGGCUCUCACAGAGGUUGUGAAGCACAUGAGCACAAUGGACUUUAUCCUCUC